GGUCGUGCCGGCUCCUUUUCUGUCUUUCUGCUCUUGCUGCGAGCCUUCGUUUUCCGAAAAAUUGUGCCCGUUUCGGCCACGUUUCGUCCAGCUGCAAGCCGCUUCCAACCGCCAGUACGUUCCAAGGGUGUGGACAGGCCGAAUUUCCCCUCCCUUCGCACAGGCAAAUCUGAAAGGAGGGAUUUGGAGAUAAAAAAAAGGGGAUUUUCGAUGCGAGGGAAUCGCCGGUGGCCCCGUUAAGGAGGGACACCUUGCACCUUAUUCUCGCGAUUUUCUUCCCAUUUUUUUUCGUGUUGUGAAUUUUUCCACGAUCUCGAGGAAAUUUUGAACGGAGAGAAAGGAAGGGACAGAGAGAAAGAGGGGAGAAUUUUGUGGAAAUUGAUCGAUCGAAGCCUCUUGAGAGAAGAAUCGGUUGAAUCGGUUGAUCGAGUUUUUGUGGAAAUUUGGGAUCGAAGAGGAAGAAGGAUCUUGAAUUUUGACAAUUUUGUGAAAAUUUGAUCGAAGAAGAGAGAAGAGAUCGAAAGAGGUUUUGAGGAGAGAGAAGGACUUUGAAUCUUGAUAAUUCGAUUUCGUGAAAAUUUUAUCGAAGUAGCGAGAAGAGGAUUUUGAAUUUUGAUAAUUCUGCGAAAAUUUGCUCGAUCGAAAAGAAUUUUGAAUCUUGACAAUUUUGUGACAUAUUUGUUGAUUCGAAGAAAUUUUAAAAAAAGAAGAGAAUUUUGAAUUUCGAAUUUCAAUCAUUGAGAGAAAAGUGGAAGAAUUUUUAAAUAUCUUUAUUGAACUCUGAUGAAGAGACGUGAAAAUUUCAUUGAUCGAAGAAAAGUAAAAAAAAAAAAAAAUUAUAUAAACAUUUUGCCAUUGACAGUGCUGAAGCUUCGAAAAAAUAAUAAUAAUUAAAAAAAAAGAUUAUAAAUAUUUUUGUGCACUAUAACGAAAGUGCGGGAACUUUUAAAAAAAUAUGCAUAUGGAAUUUGGACGAAGAAACGUGGAAAGUUAAUCAAUAAAAAGUUAAUCAAAAAAAAAAAAUCUUGCAAAGAGAAGAGAUUGUGAACGUUUAACCAUUGACAGUAGAGGAACUUUGAACACAGAAGAAAAGUAUACUGAACUUUUAAACGUUGGUAAACGUUUGUUUCGUGAUAAGAGGAGAAAGAGGAGAAAAUCGAAUAAAAUUUUCUUCACAAUUCACCAAUGAAAAAGACAGAAAAGAAAAUAGAGACAUGUUCGAAAUAAUAUUAAUGAAUAUUGUUGAUAAAAAAUCUUGAUUAAGAAUUAUCUUAUCUUAUCUUUUAAUUUUAAUUAUCAAUAAAAGAUCAUUCAAAAAAAACGAUUUCUUUCUAACAUUCUCGACAAUUAUUCAUACAUCGAGAAUAUAUAAAUUCUACAAUAUAUAUAUAUAUAUACACAUAAAACACAUAUAUAAAAAAAAACAGACGAAAAAUCGUAUUAAUUUACAAUUUUUGCAAAUAAAACGUUCGUUCAAAAUAAUCUCAAGAUUUCAACGAGUCAGAGCUGCGAGACUAAACAAAAUUCAAUACGAGAUUAACAGAGCUACGACAUACGAACAACUUAUGUUGAUGCACAAUAACACGAGUAAUAAAAUAAGGCAAAAUGACGUUUUCCACACUUUUAUGAACUUGAACUUUAUCGAUUGUACUUCUGAACGGAAUGAUAAACGCAAUAUAAUCCGAAAUAUAAAUAAAAGGAGAGAGAAAGAAAGGGAAAGAGAAAAAAGAAUGAAUUUCUUCGACGAGAUACGAGAGUAACACUAACGAAUUGACGUUGUCCCUCUGAUCGACGCGAGAUAUCGUUCGAGAUAUAUCUGCUCGAAAUUACAUAUCGAUUUGGCGCCACAUUCGUCUCUUUCGAGAAACUCAAGUGCAUGCAUAUUUGGAGAAACGAUCGUUGAUCCCAUUCUUUCGAAAAAUGUGAGGAUAAAAAUGAAAAAGACUCGACGCGAAAAAAAGAAUCUUCAUUGAGGUAUAACGAGGUUUACUUCGAUCUGGUUCCCAUUGAUUUCGCCACGAUUAUGACGCACACGGAAGAAAUAUCGACGACGUUCGAGUCGAAAACACCGACCGAGCAAAUGAAUGGCCAUUCAAUGAGUCUUAGAGCUGGAAUGUAGCGUGCGUGUGCACCACACACAAAGUCGAUCGUCUAUCGGAAGUCUAGGCGUGCGUGAUAGAUAAUCAUUAUGUAAGAGGAGGCUCGAAGGCUAUUGCCGCCAGACUCUGACGUGUAACGAACGUCGCAUGGAACUGGGGAACGCCCUGACUCUCGAGGGGCCCGCGAGCCACUUGGUGAACUUCUUUUUGUAUUUAUGAUCCAGAUAAAGAAAGUUUACGAUUCAGAUAGGAUCGGCGUUGUCGGCGGGGCCGAAGUGGUAACCUGAAGCUGCGAAACAGAGGAGAGAAGCGUUUGCAUGCCGGAGGCGCAAUACUAUGCCUUUCUUGUUGCCAUUUCUGCGCGUAAUAAUAGAGCGAGCGCCCUCUUCCUAGCUGCUUGUACACGACCGUCGUCGUCCAGGAAGUCGAGUUCCCCAUAUCGAUUAAAUAUCGAUGAAUUGACGAUGUAUCGACAAGAUCAGCCAGUGGAAUCAUGGUGGUCAUCACGCUCCAUUUCUUUCGACCAAUUGCUUUCGAUGAUCGACUAUGGCGAGCUCGGCGCCAAAAAUAAUUGCCAGACCUCCGCGAUUGCAAGGCAGAAAGCGAAACGAGAGCGUUUCUUCCUCCUCGCUUCAUGUGUAUACGUUACGCGACUGUGUUGUUGCCUUCCUGAACCCAUCCUUUUAUUGUUUUUAUUUUCUUCGCCUUGCAUGGAGCGGUACAGUGGUAACUUCAAGGGAAAGGCGAGCACCGAGAGUCGAGAGGCGGAAGAGCAGGGUAGCAGCACGACCUCGCCCUCGGAGGGCAGGCACGCCGACGGGACAUCCGGCUCGUCCGUCCUCGAGAUGGGCAGCACGGAUUCGGCGGGCAGCGCCCACAGUGGCGGCCCUUCCUGUGGCCUGGUCAGCUCCCUUUUUCCGAGCAGCUGCCGUGGACGAGCCGAGGCGUUCGCGAGACGCCUCCACCGACGGCUCACGUCCCUGGGUGGCGAGAACAGUUCCCAACGAAACGAAGAAUCCCCCUCGUUGCCCAAAGAGACAUCCUGGUUGCGCUCCACGACGACGGCCAAAUCCAUCAUGAACAACACGACCAACAAUCACGUUCUCCAGCACCAACCGCGCCACAAUCCUGAUACGGAUCUCUGCUACGACUUCGAUCUGGAAUUCGAGGAUGGCCUCAGCUCGCCCGCGGAGGAAGCCACCGCGGCAGAAGUGGCGGAUCUGGUGGUGAACCAGGAGGUAUUGAAAUCGAAUCAUCGCAGCAUCCAUCACAGCUCGCCCAACGGAUCCAAGGCAGUGCUCUCCAGCAUAGAUUCCGAGUCUGGCUACGCGUACGCGUCCCCGUUGCUAGGCACAUCCCCCGACAGCGAUUCCUCCGACAUCUUCUUCGACCCAGAAUCGUCCGACGUGGAAAAGUCGAAGAACGAGAUGUUCUUCGAUCCCGUGACCACGUCCGACAGCGAGAUCACCACGUCGAAUCUGUCGAAUGGAUGCGACACCAAGGCGAAGAACGCCGCCUCCUAUCGCAGGAAACUGGACUUCAACGUGAUGGAACAUUCCGAGGACACGUCCGAGUCGAGCGCCUCGUACAGAAAGAGCAACGCGGUGUGCGACGGCAACAAGGAGGCGAGGAAGAACGACAGCUCGGUGUGCAGCUCGGAGGAUUCGAACGACAGAAAUUCGCAGGAAACGUCCACGUCGCCCAGCCACGAGUCGCUGUGGAGCACGUUCGACGAGAGCACUGUCUCCCUCCAGGACGAAAGUCCCUCCAAAUCGAAUAUUCCUGGCUUGAACAUGCAAAAUCGGUUGCCCAAGUCGCAUUCCGACUCCGAGAUACCCGUAAACGGAUCGAGGAUCGUGAUCGGUUGCUCGUUGAACAGGAGAGACGAGACGGUGGUGCAACACGCCGAUGGUACCGACGAGGUCGAUUUCGUGAACGGUUUGUCGGAGAAUGGGAAGCUCGAGGACAUCAAGAACGCUAGGAAUCUUGCCAAAGAGGAGUCUCCGGAUUCGUCCGAUACAUACGAGGAGGAUCUUCCUUACGACGAGGAGAAGCCGCAACAUUCGAACAACGUCCUCAAGUUGGACGAGAUCGACGGUGGAAACGAGACGGUCGACGAUCGUUCCACGUACACCGCCACGAACAGUAUCCCUGGUGCUUUCACUCUGGAAUAUCCCGUAUCAGACGGGAUGCUCGAGACAACGAAGAACGAAGUACAAAUAGAGAACGGAACCGUGACGAAUAGCAGCGACGAGGACAAGAUGUGUCUUCUGCUGCACAAGCUGGCGACCAGUCCAACUGUGAAGGACGACGUUCGCGUCGUGGAUCAGGAGCCACGGGAAGACAACAUCGAGGAGGAGGAGGAGGAGGAGGAAGAGGAGGAAGAAGAGGAGGAGGAGAGACCACAGAAGAUCAGACGAAGUUCUUCUUUAAAAACGGGUAAAACUCCACCAGGCACUCCUGGCAGGAAGAAAAUCGUCCGAUUCGCGGAUGUGCUAGGCCUAGAUCUCGCCGACGUGCGCACCUUCUUAGACGAGAUCCCGAAAAUUCCCAACUCAGCGUAUAGCGACUUGAUCUACGACGAUAUCUUCCAAAAGGACACUAGCCCCGUCAACACCUUACCGAAUUCCAGCCAAUGGGGAGCCAGAUACGUGGAAAGCAGGCGUGGCUCCGCAUGCGCGAUCCCUCCCCGUAAAUUGGACAGAACUUUGGUGCCUCUGUUCCAGCAGCCUGGCGGCCAGCCAAACUUUCUCGAUCUAGUUCGGGAGCGUCGCGUGUGCCUAGAGAACGUACUCGUCCAGGAUCCCCUCACGUUCUGCAUCCAGGGCACAGUCCGCGUGAUCAACCUCGAUUUCCACAAAUCGGUGCACAUCAGAUACACGUUGAACUCGUGGCGUAAUUUCAGCGACCUGCAGGCCACCUACGUGCCUAACUCGUGCGACGGUUUCAGCGACAAAUUCUCGUUCCUUCUGUACUGUCACACGUUGCCAGUCGGCCAGAGACUCGAAUUCGCCGUUCGAUUCCACUGUAAGGGAGAGCAGUACUGGGACAACAAUGCUGGUUUGAAUUACUGUUUCCAGUGUUUGCCAGCUUCGCCGACUGUUGGCUAUAUACCGAUCACGGCACAAGCGAAUCAGCAUCAUCACGAUUGGUCACCCGUGUUCUAUUGAUUAGCGAUUGAUUAUACGAUUACCCGUGCCCGCACGGGUUGCAUUGUGGGUGUUGGUCGCCACGAUCGGAGACGGAGUCUGAACUGGGGAGGAAGAAGGUUAACGACAGAGGUAGACGAUAGAAGAAGUGGAGCAGUCGAUAGAGAAGGGAAGAGAGAGCCUAUGGUUGUAUAAACGUUCCUAGAGUACAUAUAUAUACAUAUAUAUAUAUAUCUACUGUACAUAUUUGUCUCGCGUCGAUCGAGAAGGAACUGUAGCAGCAUCGAAGAGGGCAGCACUGGCGUCAAUUAUUCCUUCCUGCCGCGUGAUCGCGUGGAAACUUGAUACACUCGUUAUAGACUGAUUUUUUACACACGUUCGUUGUUCCUUGUUUUAUGAGAAUUCGCAAUUACGAUUAUAGGUGGUGGUUUUUUAGAAGGGAGGUAUUCUUGGAAAGAAGAUGGAAGGCAAGCAUGAAACAUUCGAACUUCGUCCACGAAGAGCAUGAUGAUGAGGAUUAUAUUUUUCACGUUCCUAGAAAGUACCUAAUAUAAUUCUACAAGAUUUCACGCCACAACUGAGCCUAAUGUGUCUAAAAAGGGCACACACAUCGACUAGAGUUGGAAAUGUUAUCGCAGAAGUCGUUAAAAAGAAGACUGUUUUACGAAACGAGACGUUCGUUGGAAGGAUUUUUGCUUUGAAAGGUGGUAUUGCUUCGAGGAGGCUCUUUUUUCUUCUUUUUUUUUUUCUCCUUCCUAUUUUUUUUUUUUUUUUUAAUAUUAAACGAGUAUCAUUGAAUUGAUUCGCUAAGGUUUGAACAAACCUCUUUCGACAAACUUUUAUCUAUUAUAUACAGAAAACAUAUCUGCUCGGCAAAUUUUCGAGACUAUGAUGCGGGUUCUGUUUGAGAUGAAUGUUUCGUUUAGUUCAGUGACAUAGCAUACUUUUAGCAACGAUAAAUGGUACGAAUACUCGAAAAAUAAUUGAAAAUACUUGGAAACUAAGUAUUCAAGUAUUUGAUCAAAAUCAAUUCGACCUGUGCCAAUCUGAUUUAGUGCCAUUAUUAUGAAAUUGGAAAGAAUCGCAAGAAUCGGGAUAAUAUAUCAUCGCGUCUUGUUCGUAAGAACGUUUAAUGAAAUGUGAUAAUUAACAAUUGACGAAUAUUUCUUUCCUGAUUCCGAAUUUCAACUAUGUGAUCGUCGUAAAUCAGGGAAAUCGAGGCCUGAUCUAUCGAUAGAUACUAUAUCACUGUAUAAAUCGUUGAAAUAAUGUCAAUAACCGAUCAAUCACGAUUUUAUUUUUAUCAUGCACAUGAAUUUCUAUACUUGCCAGAAUGCCAGAAAUGUGACGAAAAUUUGUUAUGAAAAUCUUGUUAUGAAACGGAGAUUUAUAUACUUUGAACAAUGAAUCCAUCUUUUUGUUUCAUUACUAAUCAAUUUUUAAAUUUCUUUAUAUUGCAGAUAUACUAAUAGUCAAAAAUUUAAAAUCACUAAUAUAAAGAUCGAGAUGCAAGAGUUGAAGAAAAGUUAGGUUAGAAUUUUUUUUAUCUUGAAAAAGUCUUUUGCGAAUAAUUGUAAUACCUAUAAUAUUAAUAACGUGAAUGCAAUUGAAAAAGAGAUUCCAAAUAUAGUAAUGCACUUUACAUCGUGACUUAGAUAUAACAUCACCAAGAUACUAAUUUAAUAACGAACGAUGAAAGAAAAAUCGUUGGAACUGAUAGAAGGCGCGUUGCUUGGCAACGUGACGUCAUCAUAGGAAUGGCAUUAGUGUAUCUUAUUGCCAAGUAACGUAUUCACCAUUCUCCACUAUGUCACUAUCUAAAUGAUAUCUGACGUAGAUAUUGAGAAUUGUACGGUUAUCCUCUAAUUAUCUAAAAAUAUUUCUAUAAAUAGAUAUUGUUGGAAUUGAUGAAUUGAAAUAUAAUUAAAUAUUGCAUAAAAGAAAAGAGACGAAUGAAUGAAAAUGUUCGCUCAGUGAAAAUUUUGAAAAAUUUUGAAAAGGAUGUUUCUAAUUAUCGAUUAAUUCCAAUUUAUGCUAAUUAAUUAUUUGACUAAUAGUGUUGAUAGCAGGAAGAAUAAAAUAAAAAAAAUUAAAAUCGAUAAUUUGCUCGAUAAUUUCGUUCAUUUUUGUGCUUUCUGGCAUAAUGCGUGAGUGAUGAUUCAUUUUCGUUAAUUCUCACAGUGUGCUUAACCUAUACUGUUGUGUUGUCUGCUUGAUCCAAGCUAAGAAUUCGAGUCAAGCCGAGGACAAGAUUAUUCUGAGGACAUUUUCAGCGUUUUGGCAACGAUUCGAAAAUGGUGAGUCACAAUACUGAGCACAUUGUGCAUUAAAAGAAGCAACAUUAGCAAUAUUGUCUAUUGUCGCCUGUCCGGGUUUCGCAUUUAGAAAUGUGAUCGUGUUUUAUUCCGUUUGAAUAGCGAAACGAUAAGUGACAACAGUGAUUAUUAACUAAACUCGAUAUCACCUAAAUGAUUAAUAAGAUUACGAGAAUAAUGAACCAAUUUAUAAUUGAUGACCUUUUAUCCUCGCGAGUGUAUGUAUAUGAUCGAGAGAAAAAGAAAUAAUAAUCGAAUAGCAUGCACAAUUUGAAAUUAUAUGAAAUAAUAUAUAUAUAUAUAUUUAGUAUUUCACAUCACGAUAUUUUUUAAUAAUGUUGAGUAGAGAUGGGUUGAAACCUGAUUCUUGGAUAAAAAUCUAUAAAAAUUUGUUGAAAAAUCGUCAAAUUCUCGAAACUCGAAUAAUCUUUUUUUUUUUGUUUUUUAUCGAAAAUUAAAAUUUUAAUAAAUUUUUGUUUCUAUUCAAACUCAAAGUAAGUCUUUCGACUAGCAAAGUAACUUGUCAAUUGGACUUUAACUAUCUCUAAAUAUUCAAUAUCUUUGAAUGGCAAUUGUCAAAUUUUAGAUUUUAGAAAUUUAAUUUUUCUUUCUUUAUAAAUUAUUCAAAUAAAAUUUCAUAUAAUGAAUUUAUUUGAGUCUCUAAUUCAAAUUUAUAAUCUGAAAAAUUUCCUUGGAUAUUUCAAGAUUUCGAAUAUCAUCCCAUCCCUAUUUUCUAAUAUUAAGCGUUUCUUUUGUAAUUUCGACCACUGUUACCACAUUUGACCAUCGAAGGUACAAUGAUUAAAGAUUAAGUAGCAACAGCAAUAUAAUGUUAUAAACAAAGAAACGAACAAAUGAUAUUAAGAUUACACUAUAUAUAUAUAUAUUCUUAAGAUAUUUUUUGUAACAAUUUUCAUCGUGAACAAGUGCUUUCUAUACAGUACACAUAGAGAACAUUAUAUAAAUUGUACAUAACUGGCAUCAGUAUUGGUGGCAAAUGUGUCUCGAGAAAUAGAUGAUUGUUUUCUGUACAAAUUAAUCAAUUUUUAAUCAUAUAUAUAUAUAUAUUAUAAUAUUUACAGUUUCUCCUGAAAGUUUAUUAUACGCAAGUUUUUAUUGUAUAUAUAUAUAUACAUAUACGUAUAUAUCGAUAUAUUUUAAACAAUGAUAUAUUUACAAUACGAUUAUUGAAUUCUUAAUUAUCGGAUAUCGUGUUUUAUUUUUCCGUGUUUCUUUCUUUUUUAUAUGGCCAAUAUGGAUCUUAUCUAAUUUUUAUAUCAAACGCAUGGAUAUCAUUGCAUUGCUAUUUUAUUUUCUUUUUAUUUUAUAUAUUAUUAAUACAAGGGACUUAUUAAUCGAUUCAUUCAUGUAAAUGUUUUUUUUCUUCUUAUUCUUGUAUUAAUAAGAGAAAAUAUUUUUAAAUUUCUUAAAAGAGAUACUUUAUGUAGAAAAAUGAAAUUUUUUCUUUUUUUUUAAAUAUUUGUUUCUUUUUUAUGUGUUUUAAUGAAAACAUUAUUUUUAGCACUUUUUUAAAAUUACUAUUAUUAUUACAUAUCAAAAUUUCAUAUUAAAAUUAUUUUAUUCAAUUUUUAUAUAAAAUAUAGAUUCAUGGCUUAAUUAUUAGAUAAAUUAAUUAAGAAUGAAUUAUGCUAUUAGUGAUUUUUAAUAAUAAAUAAAAAUUCUAAUGGUAUUUUAAAAUUGUGUUAUAAUAUAAGCCAUUAAGGAAUUAUUAUUUUUAUUGAUUUUAUUAACUUUUUUAUUAAUUUAUUUUUUGUCCCUAACAACUCUCGAGAGUUUCACUCUCAAAUGUAUUCAUACCUUAAUGUCUGUUAAAGAAAUAUCUACAAUUAAGUUUUCUGAUCCAUAUUACUGUUCAAAAGUUUGGAAGCAAUCAUAUUUUUAUAUGAAAUAAAAAAUCUUAAUAAAUAAAUAUCAUAUAAGUAAUCACUAAUAAUAAAUAUUAACAUUUUCUUUCAACAAAGAAAAAUUAAUAGAAUGCCCAAUUUAUUAAUUUUAAAAAUUUAAUUCUAGUUUGUAUUUGUUUUUUAUUUUAUUAUAUUAUCUACCAAGUUUUGAUUUAUUUUUUAUUAAAUUUCUUAUUAUUUCAAAAAUUUUUUAUCAAUAGUGUGUGAAAAUAAGAAUGGAUCAAUGAAAACUUUUAUUGAAAAAGUUAAAUUUAGGCGCAUGAUAACCACCAUUAUUGAAGCCCUUUACAUUAUCAAUACAAAAUCUAUUAAAAGGAAACCUUUCCUAUAGAUUAUCCUUUGUAUAUAAACACAUUUUAAAAGAAAAAAGGAAAAGUUAAAUUUUAUUCUGGUAACUACAGAAAAAAUAUUCUUUCAUUGUAUUAGAAUGAUGGUUAUCGAUAUUUAUAAAAACAAUUAUAUCAAAGUCAUCAAUUAAGAUAUUUUAAUUAUAUGUUAUGAAAAAUAGAGUUUGAUGUGCAAGGUAUUUCAUUAAAUCUGUUACAAAUAUAUAUAUAUACAUACAUACAUACAUACAUACACACACAUAUCUUUCAUAUCUUUGUAAUAUUUUUAAUGUCUUUUUUGUGACUCCUGUUGUGAAAAUUUGAUAUUUAUAUUCAUAAAGCACAAAUUGUUCAAAGAAUAACACAGAUGAAAUAGGAAUUGAAAUAAAAUUGCAUAAUAAAAGAAUAGUAAUCUUGAAUGGUGUGAAAAAUGAAAUAAGGAAAGAUAGUCUACUGCCAAGAUACUUUUUGUGUUCAAUUCAAUAGAAAAUUUAUUUCUGUAAUUUUCACUUCAGAUGCAUUAUUCUGAAAAUUUCUCUAAAAAAGAUAUAUGUAUAUCAUUCAAAAUAUAUAAUAAUAUUGAUAUUAUAAUAAUAUCAUUCAAAAUAUUAAUGAAUAAUUUUUAUAAAAAUAUUUUAUUAUUCAUUAACACAAAUUUUAAUUUCAAAUAAUAGGAAAGAUUCUUUAAAUCUUUUAUUAUAAAAUUUCUGAAAUAUCUUACACAUCAAACUUUAAAAAUUAAAUAUUAUGAAAUGAAAGCAGUUUAUAUUGUCCAUAAUUGUUGAAACUUAUAGAAUACAUAUUAUAAAUUUUAUAAAUUUCAGGAUGUCACUUAAAAGAGGAAUGAUAUAAAUUUUUUAACGCAAUUUUGAUCAUUGUAAAAUUGCAACAAUAUAAAUGUAAAAAAAUUGUUAUGAUUAUUAUGAGCAUGUGACAUCUUGAAUAAACUGGAUACGAGUUAUUUUUGUUAAUCUUCGUUCGUAUUUUAUAUAUUGUCGUCAUCUCAUUCGUAAGAUUCUUCAUUGUGUAAUGAGAUCGAAUUCCACCAUUUUUUUGAGAAUCUGCGUAAUCGAGAAAUCGAAACACGUAUAAUCUUAGUCUCGAACGUAGAAAUACAUUUUAACAUCGUGCCAUUUUUCUUCGUUUCGUUACAUCAUACGUUUUCGUUAUGAAUCCCUUUAAUGUUUAUAUACUUAUGAUGAUAAAAAAAUUUGUUCUAAAAUUUGUUCAUAAUUUAUAUCUAUUUAACCUUUGUGUUUAUUCUCAGAAUUUUUAUUCAACUUUUUAUUAAUCUAGUAAUUUCCAGUAAUUUUCUAGUGAUAAAAUUUAAAAAAAAUAAAAAUGGAUGAAUAAAGUUUAGUUUUGAAUAAAGAAUACUUGGACAUCUGAAUAACUAAAUAUUGACGUAAGGAUUAAAAAAAACGAGAAAAUUGAUUAAUCAAAAAUUAAAACAUAAAGAAAAUUCUUGUGCUUCCUAUUAAGUUAAACCUUCUAGUCUUUUUAAUCAGUGUGUAGUCAAGGAAAGGAAUAAUGAUCAUUAAAUCGCAUGAAUAUUUCUAUUACAAUGGAAAAAGUUAUAGAAAGUUUUUGAAAUCUUGUUUUGUCGUCGAAAAGACGAUGUUCUACGUUCGAGAUUGAACGAAGGAAAAACCCAUAGUUAUAACGGUAGUAUAUUUUUAUAUUCUAAUGUACAUGUAAGAAUACAAGUUGCACCUCUAGUCCGUAGAGCCGUGAGCUUUCGUCCAAUUACCGAGCCUUUUGCAGUUUUUAACAAAAAAUGAGAAGAAAAAAAGGGAAAAUUAAUUAAAAAAAAAUUAAAAAAAUCUACAUUACUGAAGUGUUAAGGUGCGAAAGAAAAAUAGAGAAAGAGGAAGAAAAAUUAUAUGUAUAUGUAUGAUAUGUGUGUCUAUAUGUUAUGUGUGCAUAUAAAGUGUACGUAGUUUGAGAAUGAAAGGAAUGAGAGAGAAGUAAAAAAGGAUGGAAAUAUUAAUAUGGAUCUUUCUGUUUAUUUUUAAUAGUUAUUUUUACUUUAUAAUUUUAACUUGCUACUUUUAAUCAUUUACUAUGUCUGUUUCUUUCCUUUUUUAUCUCUGCCUUUUCUGAAUCCUCUUGCAUUAUAAUUUAUUAAUUAGUAGUGUCAAUAAAUUGAGAUUAUAGGUAACUGGAUUUUUUUUCUCAAAAUUUUAUAAUAUUCAAUCAAAUUGAAUUCAUUAAUUUACGAUUAAUAAAAGUUUAUUCAAUCAAAUUUGUUACUACAAUGCAAUAAAAAGAUUUCACAAUCAAAUUUAUCUUUAUCAAUUUUUUUUUCUUUUAGAAGAAAAAAAUUAUUUUGAGAGUUUAUAUAUAAAGAUUUAAAUUUUUUUCAAAAAAAUAUUUAUUCUGCUAAAAGUUAUAAUUAUAUUGAUGAAAAAUUUUGUUAUGAAUUCUUCAAUUAUAUUACUAAUUAUUACUAGUAAAUAUUAAUAAUUUUUACUUUAAAAUUCCAUUAAUUUCAAAAUUUUAUUAAUAAUAUUCAGUUCAAUCAUGUAGGAGGACACAGAUCUGAAAAAAAAAUUCCUAUAUAUUUAUUGAAUCAUCGUUCUUUGCUUAUUACUUUCGUUUCUCUUCCAAACUUCUUUUUCCUACGAAAAAACACGCUUAAAGGAUGGACAGCGCUUUUUGCAAGAUUAAUUGCAAUUUUUUUCUGCGAAUAAGUUUUAUCUUUUUAUGAAUGAUCAUUUAUCAUUAUUCAUAAAGAAAGUUCGAAAGCGCGGAUCUGUGGAUAGGUGCUUGAAUCAGAGCCAAGACUGACCGACACAAUUUUCAUAGACUUCUGCUUUUUUUUUUAUUUUUGUCGCAUAAAUAAUUGUAAAUAAUGUGAAUUCAUUGGGUUCGUGAACAAUACUUAUGAUUUAUGAUUAGACUGCGUAUAAUUAUGCAAAUUUGUAUAAAUAUAAGUGAAGAUGUGGAACUUAAAUGUCGAGUUAGUUUAACAUUUUGUAUGUUGUUUAUUAUGUGCCCCUCUGUGUCCAUAAAUGCAUGUAUUUGUAUACGCAGUCUAAUAAUUAAAGGACCAACAGGAAGAAAAAUUAAUUAGCAGACUACGGAUGUUCGUGCAAAUUAAAAUUUUUCAUAAACAUAAAAUAAAUAUAUCAUAAUAUACUUCACUUAAUAUACUUUGUAUAUUUUAUCUACUAUUUUCAUAUAAUAUGUAUUUGUACAUUUUUUGCAUAUCUAAAAUGCAUUAAUAUCCGCAGUUUAUUGAUGAGUUACAUUUUUCAGUUUUUACAAAAGAAUAUUUUUAAUGCUCAUGAUUAAAAAGUAAUUGUUAUAAUAUUAGAUUACAUAUUGAUCACUGGUUUUAUCAGUUCUUUUUAACUAUAUUAAAUUAAAAAAAAAAAAUGGAAGAUCAAUAAAAAUGAACUCAUCAAUUUUCUCUUCUUCUGUGCUUUUCAAUUAUAAUUAUACGAUUCAUUGAAAAGUUGACAAGAGGAACAAGAAAAUUAAGGGGAAAACCGCAAAGAGCGAUGAUAUUUCCGUUAUUGAUCCUUAUUUUUAUAUAAUUAUUCCAUUACACAAGAUAUAGCGCGAUUCGAACUAAAAAUUGUUCGCCAUCUUGUUUUCACAAAAUGUUCCAGGAAAUUUCUUGAUUAUUAAACUCUGUAUUAUUUCAUCAACCAUUCGAGUAGAAAAUUAUUAUCUUCGAUAUAUUUUGAAUCACGCUAUAUCUUCCACAUUGUUCCCUAAAUAUGAAACAAUAAUACUCAAAAUGUCUGUAAAUGUCUGUAUCCAAAAUCUUGUUUUACAAUUUUCAUUUCAUUUGUAUUUCACGAUGCAACAUUUCUCUGUAAACGAGCCUAUUUACAUAGCUUUAAAUUUCAAAGAAGGAAUAAUCUUAUGAAGAAAUUCGUCAUUGAUAACAAUGUAAUCGUUUCACUCGAUAUUUUCGAUCGGUCGAAGGUCGUGGUAGACGGUAAUUGCGCUCAUCAAAACAUUUUUUUUUUGUUUUUUGUUCUUUUUUUUUUUUUUUUAUAUCUCUAUAGGGCCUGUGCGUAAUCUGUACGAUAGUAUAAAAAUAAAAGCGUCUCUUACUGUGCCUCCCUAUCUAUCUACAUUUUUAAUUACUGUUUUGAUUAUUUGCGAAAGGUCAGUGAUGUUGUAUAGAUAUGAAAUAUAUAUGAUUUAUAGAAGAAUAAGGUUGAAAAAAGAAAGAGUGAAAUUGUUAUUUUCUGCGUAUUAUAUUUAUAUUUAUUUUGUACAGGAAAAAAAUACGAGAUAUUUUUAUAAAUUUGUUGAAUCGAUAUGGUUAUAUGUAUAUGGAUUUUGAACGAUGAAUUUGAAAUACGGAUACGAUUAUCGUUUAUUCUCUUCGAUGUUUUGCAUUAUUUACGCGGAAAUACGUGAUAGAAAUCAUGUUUCUUCUUCUACAGUUCCUUUGUAACAUGUGAAACAGUGGUUCUCAACUUUUUUCGAGACGAGACUUCCCUUUUUUAAUAUUAGAAUUAUUUUUAAGCUCUUCCAAAUGUAUUUCACUCCUUAGAAUAAUUAAAAAAUAACUUUAGAAACUCUAAAAAAUGAUAUUUUAAUUCUUAAAAAGGAAAUUUAUUCUUAACUUUGAUAUCUGUUUGAUAUUUUAAUUUUUGUAAUAAUGAAAAAAUGAUUUUAGCAAAAAUUAAUAUUCUAACAGUUAAGAAGGAAUAUUUCAAUUCUGGUACCUCAAUCCUUGUAUUCUAACUUUUAUUAAUGCUAUAAUGACAAUUAAUAUUCUUAAAAUACAACGUUUGAUAAAAAAUAUUCGAUUAUCUUUUUAAGUAGUAUCUUCUUGAAAUUGGAUCGAAGAAUUUUUUGGAAAAAAUAUCACUUUAGAAGGAUUAUUUUAUUAGAUACGCACAAAAAAACUUUCUGCCAAGUAGAAUCAUAAUUUAUUAUAAUUAAUAAUUAUUAGAAAUUAUUAUCAAAAAUAAUAAAAUCAAAGGGAUUAUAAGUCAGUGAUUCAUAAGUUGAGAACUACUGAUAUAAAGAGUCAUUUGUGCUGCUCAAUAAUUUGCGUUAUGAAAAUUACUUAAGAAAAUUAUCACGUUGCUUGAACAAGACUUAAUUGAAUUUUAACUGGACUUAAUUGAACUUUUCAUUGAUCAAAAGUUAAUUCAUUAACUCCAUCUCGUUUCACAAAUAAAUAUCAAUUAUUCUUUUGUUUUCGAAAGUAAUAUACAAUGUCUGGAUAAUGUAAAUUUUAAAUGGAGUUAAUCAAAACUGAUCUUUGAAAAAGUUUUAUUACAAAAUGAAAAAAAAAGCAACGUUGCUUCAGACUGAUAACAACAAUUGCUAGGAUUUUACGCACUUUUAUCGAAAGAAAAAUUAAAAAAAAAAAAAAGGAAAAAGAGAGAGAAUGUCAUAUGUGUAUACAACAAAAAUAUACGUAUGUAGCUGAUGUAAUGAUCAGUUCGAUUUUAUAAAUAUCCCUUUUCCUUUUUUUUCUCUCCUUCCGCCAUUAAUACGUCGACGAAAUUCUAUUUUUAAUCUCAUAACGUUUGUUUGGAUGUUUCUUGUUAGGUUAGUUUAUAUUAAAAAUUUUAUUGUUACGUAGGGAUGAACGUGACGUGGGUGAUAGUAGAUUGUAAUGGAAGAGUUAAUUGCGGUAGAACGCGAUGAGCGAAUGUUUGAUGGAGGAAUGAAAAAAGUAUAUCUACACAAGUAUAAAUAGAGACGUAUCUGUAACACAUGUUCUAUAUAUGUUAUUGAGACAAUAAAUGGAAGACCGAUCGACA